AAACACAACACAAGACUCAGCAGGACAUUGUUUAUGAAAUAUUUCGUGCCGGUUAGCGCGUUAUACAAACGAGAGACUGCUUUACUUGAAGUUGAGAAUUUGGUGCUUCCCCUAACAUCUUGCCAUUUUGAGGAUUAUCUCAUGCUGGCAUCAUGAUUCAUUCGCCAACAAGUGGGAAUCUGGAAUCGAGCCGGACGUUAAAGGCGCGGCUGGACGAUGGUGAAGGCGACAGUGUGUUCGACUACCGUGAAUAUCAGAUUGAUAUGGCACAAAAGGCAGAGGAGAAAAACUCCAUUAUCUAUAUGCCAACUGGCUCGGGAAAGACCUACAUUUCCAUCCUUGUAAUAAAAGCAUUCCACGCUCAUGUGAAAUUGCCUUUUGAAGAAGGAGGCAAGAGAAUUAUUUUCUCAGCGCCGAAAGUAGCUUUGGUUGACCAGCAGGCCGAAAUUCUGAGGAAGCACACGCCAUUCUCUGUCGGGUGCUACAAUGGCUACAUGCAAGUUGAGUUCUGGGAGAAGAACAAGUGGCUAGAAGAGUUUGCCCAACACCAGAUACUUGUGAUGGGCUCUGAAAUCCUUAGGGACAUUCUUGACAAAGGGUUCAUACAAAUGAGCCAGUUUGCUUUGAUGAUUUUUGAUGAAUGCCAUCAUGCCACGGGAAACCACCCCAUGAAUAUGGUCAUGCGGCAGCAUUACAAACCAGACGAUCCUGGAAUGCCUAGAAUUAUGGGACUCACUGCUACGCUUAUCAAGAAAAACAUCUCGGCUGACAAGUUGGAUUGUGAGGUGGCUACUCUCGAGAGAAACUUACAGUGCAAGCUUGUGAAACUGCCUUCUCUGGAUGUGAUCAAAGGCAUGUAUGCUAAUCCCAACAUUGAGAUGGUCUACUGCAAUCCUGCAAGUAACACGCAGUUAAUUGCGAUCGUGAAAAAAAUGAUCAAAAAACUCUCAGACAGUGUCAACCUUGUGGCUGAAGAAGACAGUCUGGUCUCUGAUUUGCGUCUUAAGCUUGCACCAGGCGAGAUGGUUUGCAAGAGUGCGAGCAUCGUACGUAAAGUGCAGCGCCAACUGGCCGAUAUUCUCAUGGAGAUAGAUGAAAUUGGCCCUUAUGGCGGCAGCUUUGUCAUCCAGUGUCAUAGGAAUCGCCUGCAGUGCCUAGCCUGCGUUGCCGACAAUCAAGAAAGUCGCAAGCUGUUUAUGAUGGUUGUGAGUCAACUUGAGGUCAUCAGACAUCUGCUGGAAUCGGCCAUGAAGAGGAAGGCUGAAAACGUGUUGGACCAAAUCAAAUUGUUUUCUUCUGACAAAGUUUUAAAAUGUGUUGAGGAGGUUAGAAGGGCUGUGAAAACCAACGUGGAUACUAAAACGAUCAUUUUCGUUGCUAGAAGAAUCACUGCAAAAGUGUUGUGUGCAAUUUUCAAGGUUUUGAGCACGAAUGAUCCAGACUUGGUCAAAAUCAAAAGCGACUACGUUGUAGGUCGCGAAGACAACUCCUACUGCACAAAAUUGGCUCAGUUAUCAAUGAAGUUGAAUAAAGACAGCAUCUUCAGCUUUUCCACUGGCGAUACAAAUUUGCUGGUCGCCUCAAAUGUGAUUGAGGAAGGAAUUGACAUUCCGGCUUGCAACCUUGUGAUCAAGUUUGAUGAAAUCCUAACCUACUGCUCCUUCGUCCAGAGCAAAGGAAGAGCUCGAUUUCAGAACUCGAAAUUCGUCAUUCUUGUUAACGCCAGGUCCAAGUUCCUAGCCAACAAGACAGAAUAUUCUUUGUUGGAGCAUCGCAUGCAGAUGAUGCAACUUGAGGGUGAACCUGAACCAUUGGAAGCUGGGAGCUCCAGCCAAUUUUGCACGCCAGCAGGCGCUAUUGUUACUCCGGAUAAUGCUGUCAGUCUGUUAUACAAGUACUGUGGCACUUUGGGCUAUGACAAGUUUGGAGCAGAAUCUCUAUUGUGGUUCUGCAAGAAUGUGAGUGCAGGCAAAAAGUUUGUCUCAGUCAUCCUGCCCAUGCAGACAACACUAAUCGAUCCGAUUCAAGGACCUGUUAGUCCAAGAUUAAUUGAUGCCAAAAAAUUGUGUGCCCUGGAGGCAAUAAAAAAACUACAUGAAGUUGGCCAAAUCAACGACAACUUGUUCAGCACCGUGACCAAAACAAGCGCAGACCUUGUGAUGAACAAAGAGCUCUUUCCCAAUUGGAAUUCAAAUGACCAGUACGAUCAAGAGACUGGCUACCCUGGUACCAAAGCCAUGAGGAGAAUUCACUCCACCAUACCACCUUCUGUGAUGACUGAUUGUGCUCCAAAACCUGACUCAGAGUUGUACUUACUCAGCAUCAACAUCACCCCUACCUAUGAAAUAACGACUGACCAGAGUAAUUUGUAUACAACUGUUUACAAUCUGCUCAAGAGCAAAAAGGAAAAUUUUGCAAUCCUCUCGUCAAAGCCGUGGCCUUGCAUUUGUGAUUUCCCUAUCUUUGACUCACAUGGGAUUUUUCAAAUUUCCAUCGGACGCGUAUGCAAAACACUGGAAGUAGAUAGCAGCACCCUGGAAAAAGUCAGAGCUUUCCACAGCUACCUGUUUGGCAAACUGCUCAAUCUGGACAGAAGUUUCCUGGCGUGGAACUUUGAAUGCGGGCUGAACAAUUACCUCAUUGCACCUGUCACUGAAGAUUUGACUCUUGAUAGCAAGUGCUUGGAACAGAACUUUUCUCAGAGCUUAGAGCCUUAUGACAUUGAGAAGUUUGAUGAUUUGCUCCUGAAAGUGAUUGUUCCCACUUACAAAAACAAGGAUUUGGUGAAUUAUGUCAUCACCAACCUCCUCUGGAACGUCAAUCCGCUGACUUCGUUUCCAUCUCCCAAUUAUGAUUCAUACUUUGAGUACUAUUCGCAGAAGUGGGGUAAAACUGUCAAGAAUUUGACCCAGCCUAUGGUAGAAGUCAAACGCAUGCCAUCAAAUAUCAACUAUUUCAAACCGAGGGCGUUGACACUCAAUAAGUUAGAGAAACGCUUAUUGAUGGAGGAAAGCAGUGGAGAAAACACAGAAAAGUUAAUCCCAGAACUGUGCCACCUCUCAGGGCACAAUCGCGUGGUGACCUCCGAAAUGUGGUUCAAAGCCAUGCUCCUGCCGUCCAUUCUGCACCGAGCCUUGAUUUUGCUGCACGCAGACGAGCUGCGUUCCAAAAUUAACGCAGAUUGUGGUGUUGGACCAGCUAGCGUUAACAAGUGGACGGAUUUGGAAGUGUCCCCCUUGUUCAGGUCGCAUAUCCCUGAAGCUAAAAAUAAGAGGAGUGGAUUCGGCUUGCCAAAAAUCACUUGCCAUGUGCCUAAGGUGAACGAGAAGAUGUGUUCUUGGCAACAGUCACAGGAUGACACGCCUGAGCCAAUCGACCCAGACAGGCAUCUCUGCGAGGGAGUCAGCUGGGGACAGCUGGCUGAGUUUGCUUCCUUUUCCUCGCAGUCGGAAGCCUUGCCGGAACAAUUGGAAAUUCCGUCCCAUGAGGAUCAGCCGUUCUUAAGAAGGGAGGUAGAUAUCAAUGUUGUUCCCAUCAAACUUCUGACACCUGACGCUGACGUGGAAAAACGCGGCCCUGAGCUGAGCACCAUGUACGCGGCAAUUACGACAAUGUCUGCAAACGACGUCGUCAACAUGGAGAGGCUGGAGACCUUGGGCGAUUCUUUCUUAAAGUUCAUCACCACCCUCUACCUUUUUUGUACCUACGAUUACUCAGAGGGAAUUUUGACACACACCAAAAGCAAACUUGUUGGCAACAGGAACCUUUUCUACUGCGCUUUGAACAGAGGCAUUGCCAAAAUUUUGAACUGCAAUGCGUGGGACCCAAAUGAGGAUAGUAAUAUUCCGAAUUUGAGCGUGCCUGGAGUGCUUAGGUAUCUCAUUGCGAAAACAGACUUAUGUCCCAGCGUGCUGAAUGCAAUAGUGUUGGACGAGCAAGAAAAAGCAACAGGCCAGUUGAACGACCUCGGCAAGAUUCAGGAGGCCUUUGAACUAUUUGCCGAAGCAAAUACUGAAUCUUCUGUCUAUGAGACAACACUGGUGUCCUUUUUGAACAAGCAGAUCGCGCCUGACAAGGUGAUUGCCGACUCCGUUGAAGCCAUCCUUGGAGCCUAUAUUGAAGCAUGUGGCCCGAUAGCAGCGGCCAAAGUGGUCUCUUGGUUCCAAAUUUUGCCCGAAUCUGCCCCAUCUGUGAUGACAGAUCCUGUUCCGUGCAAUAUCAAGAACAAGAACGUCCGCGAUGCCGAGAAAGAAAUCAACUCUCAUUUGUUUGAGGUUGAUAAGCUUGAGGAGGCGCUGGGCUACAAAUUCAGAUCAAAGAGCCUGCUGCUAGAGGCCCUGACCCAUCCCUCCUACGUUGCCAAUCGCCUCACGCACAAUUGCCAGAGACUGGAGUUUUUGGGAGACGCGAUUUUAGACUUCCUUAUCACGGCGCACAUUUAUGAGUCUCAUUCGAGUCUGACUCCUGGAGAGAUGACUGAUUUGCGAUCGGCACUUGUGAACAACAUCACGUUUGCCUCGCUGACUGUGAGAUACGGCUUCCACACGUUCCUCUUGGCGCAUUCUUCGACCGUCAUGCAUUCCAUCGACAACUUUGUCGACUUCCAGAAGAAAAACGGUCACAAGAUCACUGACGAUCACCUGCUGCUCAUUCAGGAAAAUAACAUCAAUAUUGGAAUUGCAAUAGAAGUACCUAAGCUUCUUGGGGACAUUUUUGAAAGCCUUAUUGGAGCUGUUUUCUUGGACUGUGGCAAAGACUUAGUUGCCACUUGGAACGUUGUUUAUUCUCUAAUGAAACAUGAAAUUGAUCUCUUUGGAAUGACGGUGCCUAAGAAUGCAGUAAGGAGGCUCUAUGAAAGUGUUCCCAAGACAGACUUGACCAUUGGAAAACCCUCGUCUCUGGACGACAUUGAGGGAGUCCAAGUGAAAAUUGUCGUCAACAAGGAGGGGAAAAGCCUUUCCUGCAUUGGCGCCGGGUCCAACAAGCACGAAGCCAAGAGGGCCGCUGCAAAGGGGAUGCUGCGCCUUUUGGUCCAGGCGCAGUGGUAUGUCUGACCGCUGCAUUCUACUGACAAUAAAAUUUCCCUUCUCUUAUUUUGUUUUGAUAAUUGUUCAUUAAAGUGAAUUUUUCCAAAAUAUAUUAUUUAUAUAAUUUGUUUUUCCUUUUUUCAUACAUUAAAGGCAGGGAUUGAAUUGUA